AUGAUACUCGUCAUUACUACAACGGAACUGGACCGGACGGAUGUGAAACUCAUGUUUGAAGGGCAUCACGUUCUGGCGCCACUCGAUGCGUCCCCAACAAGCAUUUAUGAUAUGUCAUUCACAGAUGGCAACGGCAAAGAAGCUGUGAUUGAGGAGGCCUGGAAGCAUGCUGAUGCGGGUGCUCCCCCCAACGGCAUCAACCUCAUCGAGAAAGUUCAAGGCCUGCACUACGAUGAGCGUAAGCCCUCUCGGCCUUUCUACAACUUACAUUGGCCGCAGGCUGCAGCCUGGGCCAGAUUUGCUAAUGAAAAGCAGAGAGGUCAUCAAGAAAGCAAGUUCAGCAGACCAGUGUCCCCAUGCACUGUCCAGCAAGUUCAGCAGACCAGUGUCCCCAUGCACUGGCUAAGGCACCACUCCACCAUUCACCCUGCUCCACAGUUCUGGUAG